AUGUCGAUGGAUGCUGGGAUAGCGACGAAAGACAAUGGAGGGCAGACUCUUGGCCAACAGGGGCAAGAGGAGCAUCAGAACCAAGGUCCCGUUCAGCAGCCUGAACAGGAACAGCAAAAGAAGCUAGAAGAACAAAAUGAACAGAAUGAACAACAACAAGUUCAGCAAGUACAACAACCCCAAGGAAAUUCGGAACGAGAUAGAAAGGAUGCAGGACGUGGUAGAAAUACAUCAGGGAAAUACUGUCUUGAUGAUUUCCAAAUUCUAAGAACGUUAGGUACGGGAUCAUUUGGCAGAGUGCAUUUAGUCCGUUCCAACCACAAUGGCAGAUUCUAUGCUUUGAAAGUGUUAAAGAAACAUGUCAUUGUUAAAUUGAAACAGGUUGAACACACAAAUGACGAACGUCGUAUGCUGUCGAUUGUGGCACACCCUUUCUUAAUUCGUAUGUGGGGGACAUUUCAAGAUGCUGAACAAGUUUUCAUGGUAAUGGAUUACAUAGAAGGUGGCGAGCUUUUCUCACUUUUAAGGAAAUCUCAACGUUUCCCCAACCCAGUGGCAAAAUUCUAUGCAGCUGAAGUCUGUUUGGCUCUAGAAUACUUACAUUUGAACGAUAUCAUCUACAGAGAUUUGAAGCCUGAAAAUAUUUUGUUGGACAGAAAUGGUCACAUUAAAAUCACAGAUUUUGGUUUCGCCAAAUACGUUCCUGAUGUCACAUAUACUCUAUGUGGUACACCUGAUUAUAUCGCACCUGAAGUAAUCAGUACAAAACCCUACAACAAAUCUGUUGAUUGGUGGUCAUUUGGUAUUUAUAUCUACGAAAUGCUUGCAGGUUACACACCAUUUUAUGAUGCAAACGCAAUGAAAACUUAUGAAAAUAUUUUAAAUGCAGAAAUAAAAUUUCCACCAUUUUUCCACCCUGAUGCUCAAGACCUUUUAUCGAAACUAAUUAUGAGAGAUUUGAGUAAAAGAUUGGGAAACUUACAAAAUGGUACGGAAGAUGUUAAAAAUCAUCCCUGGUUCAGUGAAGUGGUUUGGGAAAAAUUACUCUGCAGAAAUAUUGAAACGCCAUACGAACCACCAAUUCAACAAGGCCAAGGUGAUACUUCCCAAUUCGAUAGGUACCCUGAAGAAGAGAUUAAUUAUGGUAUAGCGGGUCAUGAUCCUUACGACAACCUGUUUGACGAAUUUUAA